UUUCAUUAGGCUUCCUCUCCCUGGCUGCCUGUUGGCCAUGUUUCCAGAUGAAGAGGAUGCAGAGACUGAAGACAGCUCUCUUCAUGGUGGACGCAUCCGCUCCUUCAAACAUGAGAGAGGCAACUGGGCCAGUUACGUUUAUUUACCAUAUCAUCCUGAGGAGGAGUUCAUGGAUUUGUUGCAGGAUCUGCUCUCGUUUGCCAGUGCCCAUGGAGCGGUUUUGACCCUGCAGGAGGAGUUCCACCUCAGCCUGUCUCUGACGGUGGUGCUCAGACACCACUGGAUCCUACCCUUCACCCAGAGCCUGAAGGCAGGUCUGAUGCACUGCAAGAGCUUUCUGUGCACAGCAGGGAGACUGAGGGUCUACUGUAACGCUGAGAGGACCAGAACGUUUCUGGGGAUGGAGGUGUGCGCUGGGCAUGUUCAGUUAAUGGACCUGGUCCAUGAAGUGGACAAAACCAUGACAGAGUUUCACCUGGACACCUUCUAUAAGGAUCCUUCUUUCCAUGUGAGUCUGGCCUGGUGUGCUGGAGACCAGACGGGACAGAUGAAGGAGGGGUGCAUUCAGGGGAUGCAGGUACACUGACCCCACUCUGUGUUUCUUACAUCUUAAAUUAUUCCAAUGUUCUGCCAAUAUAUAAAUGCCAACAUAUAAGGGGGUCAUUUAACAGGUGUCUGUAUUACAUAGAU